AUGUCCGCAAAGACUAGUAAGACAAAGACUGUCGUCCUCAAACUUUCAUCAAAGGCACUAGAGGCAUUCCCACACGAGCCCGCUACAGCAGUCGCGAGCCCAGCACCCAAACCUACUUCAUCCCCCAAUACGCCUGCCGCCCCCCAGAUCAUCGAGCCCUCAGCCGACACUCCCGCCGACGCCUCAACUCCAAUGAACGGAACCAACACCCCCUCGUCGCUGGCACCACCCACCACCGGGCCAAAGCGGAAGGGCCCAGCGCCGAAGAAGCGUGGCAUCGCUGCUGUCGAUGGCGCGACCAGCACACCAAAGGCUCGCGGCAAGCCUGGCCCCAAGACCAAGAAGCAGAAGCUCGGAGACAUGAUCAACGACCCCAACUCCACCACACCAUUCGCAGUCCCCGCGCCAGCCCAGAAGCUAGGUCCCAAGGCAAAUGCUGGUGCUAUCAACGCCAAACCUGCGCAGUCUCGACCGCACCGGAAGUGGCAGAAGACCGGCUUCAGGAUCCGGACCUUCACAGGCUCCGUCGUCGAACUGCCAUCGUGGAAGGCGUCACAACGCGCCGCUGCUUUCUCGGAAGAUGUCAAGAGCGACUCAACGGGAUCGAGCGAUACCAAGAUCAAGGACGAAAGCAGUGCUGUGAGUGACAAGAGCGGCCUCACCCCAGCACCACCGGCGAUAGAUGCCCUCGCCAGUUCACCAGCGCCUGUCGCUGCCAGCUAG